UGUACAACGCAACUGCCAAAUAAUACGACUAAUUUCUGUCAAGGGAUUCCUUGUCAAAAUACAAUGUCACCUAUGCAGACGCAAGCGAAUAAUUGCGGAUCUCUACCACAAAAUAUAAUCGAUCAGAUUCGUUCAUGCAUCCCUAACACAGCACCGAUCUUUAUUAUUCCUGGUGGUUGUCAGCAACCGUUGGUAACAACUACUCAACAAGCAACUCCAACUCCUGAUAUAUUAAAUCCUUUGACAAGUUCGAAUAAACAAUCAAAUUAUAUUCCUUCUCCUAUAUCACCGAUCUAUCCACCUUUCUUUUAUCCCUAUCCAAUACCUUUUCCUUUAUUCGAUCCGUAUGGAACUCGAUCUAACGAACAGCAAAAGAAUUGUGGUUGUUCUUCGAAAGGCAAUGGCGAAAUCACAGGACCGAAACAAUUUCCUGCAUUACUUUAUCCCCAUAGCUCUUAUUACGAGGAAGAACAUCGUUGUACUAAUACCACAGAUGACACGAUCUGUUCGAAAAGAAAUUGUCCCUCAGCAAUCAGUCUUCAAGCUUUGGCAUCUCAGUUAUUGUCCAUACAAGGUAUCAUUUCUUGCACAGCUACCCGAUUACUUCUCAGAAAGAUACCGGGAUCGAAUAUAACCACGACGAUGGAGGAUACCAUGGAGAGAGCUCAAAGAUCUAUCAGCGCUCUCAACAAGGAUCAAUUAUUGGGCGAGUCUAGGAACUCUCAGCAAGUGAACGCUCUGAUAAAUCUUCACAUGACCGCAAAUCCACCGGCCAACAUAAUUCCGAUCCUAACGUUGGUCCAGCUUAAAGUAAACGUUCUAAAGGCACAGGUGGAAAACCUGAUCAAUACAAAACUGAUGGAAACUCAGGGCUUGGAGAUAGAAGCAACCGAUUCGAUAGAUCCAACUAUUCUUGCUCUGAAGACCGAUGCCGAACUCCGUGAAUUCCUUGUAAUUUUAAAACAAAAGGAAUGCGACGAAAGAGUGAACCUGAACUUUGCGCCUUAUCGUUCUCAGCGGGUCAUCGCUGAGAGCAGAUUGAGUAACGUUCAGAAAAAGAUUCAACAGAUCGAAGUUGAAUUCGAAAGAAGAAGAUGCAACGUUGCACCGUCUAUACCGUUGUCUUCUAGAAUCGUACGAGAAUUCACCGAAACACCGGGUAAUUUUUCGAGCCAUUCAGGUUAUCCAGAUCUUACAACAUCGAAAAGAAAGACAAUAGAAUCACGGGAAUCUCCGGAUCCUUUCGCGAUUACGUUCAAAUCUCCAAGAAAACUUCGACUGAAACCACAUGUCGGUAGUCCCGAAACGACCUACGAUUAUUCGAACAAAAAGAAAGACCAGGUGAAAACCACGUGCGAUGACAAAGGUUCUCAGAUAGAAUCAAAAACGAAAGAGAAAAAAAGAACUGAUCGUACCAACCUUAAAAAUUGUAACUGUUACGAUGAAAGUUCCUCUGAUGAGAGUUCAGAGGAGGAUAAAAAAAAAAAACUUCAACUACAAAUCGACAAGAGAGGAAAUGUGACUGUGACUAGCGAGGCUAAACUAAAGAAUGUGUCCUUCAUGAAGUUGGCAUCAAACGUUUCUCUUCGAACGGUAAAGCCAAGCGACGUUUUCGAAAAGAGAGAUCGUAAAGUGAAACCUACUCGAACCGAGAUAGAUUCGAAUGAUAUCCGUGAACCGUCCUUGCCUACUGUUCCGAAGGUCGAAGAAAUCUCUGAGGUUACGGAAACUGAUGAGCCCUCUGUUAGCGCUGAUGUCGAUCUUGUGCCAGAUGUGAAACCGUACGAUACGGUUGGCGAAAAGAAAAGGGAAAGUAUCGAAAGUGCGGAGUUAACUUUGGACGAAUUCAAGGACGAUGCCGACAAGGACGAAAGAGAGGAAACGAAAGUUUCUAUAUCCGAUGUUAAUAUCACCGAUGAAGAAAAGAUUAAAAAGAUCGUUAAUUUGUCACAUUUUAAAGAAUUAACUCCUUCGAAUGAUAAAGAGGUUCAAAUUCCUGAGAGUAAGUUAGAUAAGACAAGUGCGAGUAUCGAAGAAGGCGUAAUAGAAGUUGAUAAGAUAAAGACCAAUGCGUUAACCGAGGAAUCGCGAAAAAUAAUUUCGACGAACGAUUUCGAAGAAAAAUUAUACACCGUAAAAGAAGAAAAAAUCGACGAUAUCCCAAAAUCAAAAACGACAAAAACGGAGAGAAUGAUGGAAGUUGAUAGUCCUAAGAAAACUUUCGUAACCACGACGAGUAUAAAAAUCGAACCUACGAAGAUUGACGAGGAAUAUAUCGAUGAACCUACGGCGGAAAAUUCGAAAGUCGUCGAUGAACUUUCUGUUAAACCAAAGAAAACAUUUCUGACGACUUUGAAAAUUGGUAAUUCGGUAAAACCAGAAAUUAAAGAUGAAACGAAGAGAACGAUCGAAGUUGAGAGUCCUAAGAAAACAUUCAUAAGCACGGCAAGUAUAAAAAUCGAACCUCCAAAGAUUGACGAAGAAUAUAUCGAUGAAUCUAUAGCAGAAAGUUCGAAAAUCUCCGAUGAAUUUCCUGAAAAACCAAAGAAAACAUUUCUGACGACUUUGAAAAUCGGUAAUUCGAUAAAACCCGAAAUUAAAGACGGAACGAAGAGAACCAUCGAAGUUGAAAUUCCUAAGAAAACGUUCAUAAGCACGGCAAGUAUAAAAAUCGAACCUCCAAAGAUUGACGAAGAAUAUACCGAUGAAUCUAUAGCAGGAAGUUCGAAAAUCUCCGAUGAACUUUCUGAAAAACCAAAGAAAACAUUUCUGACGACUUUAAAAAUUGGUAAUUCGGUAAAACCAGAAAUUAAAAACGAAAAGGAGAAGACGAUUGAAGUUGGAAGACCUAAGAAAACAUUCAUCAGCACGGCAAGUAUAAAAAUUGAACCUCCAAAGAUUGACGAAGAAUAUAUCGAUGAACCUAUGGCAGAAAGUUCUAAAAUCUCCGAUGAACUUUCUGAAAAACCAAAGAAAACAUUUCUGACGACUUUAAAAAUUGGUAAUUCGGUAAAACCAGAAAUUAAAAACGAAAAGGAGAAGACGAUCGAAGUUGAGAGUCCUAAGAAAACGUUCAUCAGCACGGCAAGUAUAAAAAUCGAACCUCCAAAGAUUGACGAAGAAUAUACCGAUGAAUCUAUAGCAGGAAGUUCGAAAAUCUCCGAUGAACUUUCUGAAGAACCAAAGAAAACAUUUCUGACGACUUUAAAAAUUGAUAAUUCGGUAAAACCAGAAAUUAAAAACGAAAAGGAGAAGACGAUUGAAGUUGGAAGACCUAAGAAAACAUUCAUCAGCACGGCAAGUAUAAAAAUUGAACCUCCAAAGAUUGACGAAGAAUAUAUCGAUGAACCUAUGGCAGAAAGUUUUAAAAUCUCCGAUGAACUUUCUGAAAAACCAAAGAAAACAUUUCUGGCUACUUUGAAAAUCGGUAAUUCGGUAAAACCAGAAAUUAAAAACAAAAAGGAGAAGACGAUCGAAGUUGAGAGUCCUAAGAAAACGUUCAUCAGCACGGCAAGUAUAAAAAUCGAACCUCCAAAGAUUGACGAAGAAUAUAUCGAUGAAUCUAUAGCAGGAAGUUCGAAAAUCUCCGAUGAACUUUCUGAAGAACCAAAAAAAACAUUUCUGACUACUUUGAAAAUCGGUAAUUCGAUAAAACCCGAAAUUAAAGACGAAAAUGAGAAAACGAUCGAAAACAGAGAUUCUAAAAAAACAUUCGUAACAAAGGCAUUCAUCAAAGUCGAACCGGAGGAUCACGAAGAGAAACAAUUAAAGACAAAACUAUUUAAAAUCAAUCCGAUGGAAAUGAGAAUAAAUCUGAAUAAUAAAGAAGGUUAUGAAAAUCAUGAAAGGGAAAACGCGAAAGUUCAGUCGGGAAAAUCAUCUGGCAGUUUAUAUAAGUCAACUGUGAAUUUCGUUUUGAAAGGAACUGAUGAAAAUGAUCUGAAGAAGAGCGUAGGUACGAAUACUAUCGCGACAAUAUCGAUAGGAAAGAAAGAAGAUGAAGUGAAAGAGAAGGAAAAAUCGGACGUAGGAACAAACGAAAAGAUCGUAUCGGUGUUGACGGAGAUUAAAUACGACGAACCCGAAGCAAUCGCCAAGCUAUUUCGAAGCGCGUUGACUCGAAAUUUUCAGUUGGAUAACGAUAUCGUCGAUCGAUCCUGCGAAUCGAAAUACGAAAGCUCGGAAACAGGGAACUAUUAUACGAUGGCUUUAUCAUUCCCAGAAAAUCGCUUCCCAUGGAGAAUCGAUAUCAAGAAGCACGAGAAUGGUAUAAAACAUUUGAAUAAUCAAAGCCGAGAUGCUGAAAAUACAUUUCAUCCGGAGGAAACAUGGAGCAAACUAAAUACAUGCAAGUAUAAUACUGAAACGACAAGAUUUCCGUUCGUAAAUUGCAAUCGUGAUACUUCGAAUAUUACCAUCCAAAAUAACAGAGGUAUAUUAUCGGAAAUAAUCUCUUUAAUGAGUAAUCAGAUAUCAUAUUUCGGUAGUGCGAUCAAUAAAAUCCCGUUAUUCGGAAAUAUUCCAUUGAGUUUUGAUGGAUCCGUGCCUGAUAAGAUUAAUUUGACAUCGAGUAAUUAUUAUUCGAAGAGUAAGUCGAAAAAUUUCGAAAAGAUUUGGAUCGAUCCUUGCAAAGAAUAUCUUGCAAUAUUCGAAGACGUUAGAAAGCUCGACGAUGAUGAAAUAGAAAAUCUUGAUUGUUUUGUAGCGUCCAAUUCGAAACGAUCGAUUAAAAAGUUAGAUAAAAAGGUACGACGCGUUAUCAGGAAUGGCUCGUCACGUAUACCAAGGAAAGACGAUAACAAAGAGAUACGAGAUAGGUUGAGAUAUAUGAUCAUCAAAGACAAGGAUAAUAAAAAAAGUUAUUUGAUGCCUGAGGAUUCGUUUCGCGGUCACAACUCGCAACCCUAUCCAAGACCAAAUCUUGCUCGACCGUACAAGAUACGAAGAAAUUUGCUGAUCCGUAGUCGUCUCAAAGAGUGCAACGCGUUCAAACAAAAUCUUCCUCCUUUCACAAUCGUAAAACGAACGCACGUUGGAAACCGGAAAUCUUUUUGUGAUACGACCGAAGAGGAGAAGAGGAGACGAACGUUUUCUCGCGAAAAGAAUGUCAAGAAAGACGAAAACUUCUUUUCCUUGCCUUUGAUAAAGGAAAAGAAUUCGAAAAUUAGUUCUACGCUUGAGAAAUCGUCCACGUCAAAGGCAAUACCCAACGAAUCUGAUACAAAGACCACGGUAACUUUCUUUUCAAACGAUUCUUGAGUAUCCAUCGAAAAAAAAGCGUCACUUUCGAGAUUCAUGAUUAUUGAAAGUACUAUUUUAAAAAACAACAAAAAAGAAAAAGAAAAAAGAACACCAAUAGUUUCCAAUAAAAAUUUAUCCUAAUUAUCUUUAAUAAAAAAAAAAAAAGAGAAAAGGGGAAAGAAUAUCUCAAUGAGACAAGAUACAUUAUAAUUCCUUUUUCUUUAUUUAAUAACUUUUACUAUCUCGUCAAAUAAUUAUUUUACCGCUAUAGCUGUUUAAUUAAGAAUUCGAGAAACUUGGCGUAGUUAUAGACACUACAACAAAAUCCAACAGCCGAAUAUUCGUAUAAUAAUAGAUUUGUUUUUUGUAUACUAUAGCGGGAGGAAAAUGAGUGAAAGGAAGGGGGUGAUAUGAAAAAGUAUAUAUGUAUGUAUAUAUCUAUGUAUGUAUGACAAUGUAUACAUACAUAUAGAAUUUUUCAAUUGCUCGCACACAUACACACGCAACACGCACACGCACACUCGACAAAUACUAAUUUCGAAUUAAAUUUUCGGUAUGAUCGUAGAAUCCGCAUCGUUUGUUGCAUUCAAUAAACAUCAGAGUAUAAUUUCACUUUAAUACCUAUAUAGAUAAAUAUGUGUAUGUAUGUGUGUGUGUGUGUGUGUUUGUGUGUGUAUAUACAUAUAUAUAUAUAUAUAUUAAAUUUCUUAGUCUAAAAAAUGAAUUGGUAAUAAAAAAAAAUUAACAGAUUUGAAACUCACACACUGAUCAUAAAUGAAAUUUUAAUAUCGUGAUAGAUAAAAAUGACAUAUUGUAUAAGUUGAAAUCUAAAAAUCGAUGGUAAUCUAUUGGAAAAAAAAAAAAAAAAAAAAAAAGAAAGAAACAAACAAAACAAAAUAAAAAAAAAAAAAAACAAAGAUAAAGAAAGAAAAAUGAAGAAGUGAAGUGUCAUCAUUUUCUUUCGAACACGCACGCUUAUUGCAUAAUAACGAAAGUAUAUUUAAGCGUUAGCUUUAUAAAGUUAAGGACGAAGCAUAGAUAGGAAUGAUAUUUUCCAUAUUGAUCGUGUCAGAAUGCAUUAUCGUUUAGAUAAUGUUUCGUUUGGGUAGCGCUUUUAUGUGCUAAUUGCCUCGACAACUUGUAAUUGAAGAUAAAAGCUGUAUAUAGCCGUGUAUGUCGAAUUAUUGCUAUGGGUACCGAUGAUACAUUCGUUGCAAGACAUUCAUACAUGCAUAUAUAAGAUGUUUAUAUGAAUGAACGUCUGACACAACAAACGUACGUACUACAAUAUGAAAGUUACAAACGGAUCGUGCGCUUAGCAUAAAUAUAUUAGAUACUUAUACAACUAACGAUUAAUCUUCAUUGCUAAUCAUUUUGUUUAUUCAAAAUACGUUUGUCAAAGUCGGAGCUAAGAAUUGAAAUUUUAUUUAAAUAAUAAUAAUUCGAUACUUUUAAAUAUGUAAUCCUUUACUUUUUUGUUUCUUUUCUUUUCUUUUCUUUUCUCUCUCUCUCUCUCUCUCUUUCUCUCUGUUUUUUAAUACAACAAAUCAUUCUUUCAAAUUAAUCCGCUAAAUUGCAACCAGACAAAUAGAUCUGGAAUAAAAAAUUAAAAAAAAAAAAAAAAAAAUAAUAAAAAAAUAAAAGAAUCUAAUAGUAGUAGUAUCGUAAUGAAAAUUCUUGCUUAUUCUUCUUGUAUAUUUCAAGGUACCUACCCAUUUUAUCGUUAAACGUGAAAUUUUACGCGCUAAGAAUUUCCAAAUAUGAAUAAUUUUGAGAUCAUUUAUCCAUGCUAGUCGUUAAUCGGAAGAACACAUAGAUCAUUACUCUAAAAGGAUAAGAUCCGUUGAUGCAAUACUCACAUUGCCUUGUUUCUUUCAUUCAUCUCCUGAAGAUCUUUGUUUUAUCUUUUUCCAAGUUUCUUUUUUUUCCCAUUUUCUGUUUUCUUUUUUUAAAUAAUUAACGUACGUUGCAUUUUUGUAUUCAUUUGUUCAUAGUUACCGGAUAUAUUCCUUUAAAAAAAAAAAAAAAUUUAUGGACAUUUUUUUCAUUAAAUAUCUCAUCCAAUAUCAACGGUUCUCGAAAUAUUAUUACUUUUUUUAUGGACGAAUAUGUACAAAAAUAUUUACAGAUACAUUUACAUCACUGACAUAUAUAUGUGUGUGUAUAUAUUAUAUAUUUUUUUACAAAUACACACACAC